GUGCUCUGGUCAUCCAGCAAGAACUAAUGUGAGCAACGCAAUUUGGAAAUCUGCAGAGACCAAGACAAUAUGAGACGGGGCGCAUGAUGGCGGCAGCCGCUGUGGCGGAGGUGACCAGCACCGGCAGCAGCAGCACCGAUACCUCCAGCACGGGCGAGGAGGAGAGGAUGAGGCGCCUCUUCCAGACCUGCGACGGCGAUGGGGAUGGCUUCAUCAGCAGGAAUGACUUGCUGAUGGUGUGCCGCCAGCUGAAUAUGGAGGCGUCUGUUGCAGAGAUCAUGCACCAGCUGGGAGCAGAUGAAAAUGGAAAAAUUUCCUUCCAGGAUUUUAGUCAGUGCCGCAUGGAACUGGUACAGGAAAUCAAGAAGGAGGAAGUGGAUCUUUCUUUGAAAUUGGAUGAUUCUUGUAAAAAGAAAAAGUUAAGGGAUAGAGUAGCUUCCUGGCCAACUAGCAGCAAUAACAGUUUAGGUGCUGUAUCAGGAGCCAGAGAAAGCUGGGAAUAUGAUUCAGGAGCAAGAGACCUUCAGAGUCCGGACCUCCACAGUCAUUUUAUGCUACAAAAGGUGUUGGAGUAUGGUAGAAAUAAUGUGACUCAACAGGCUGCUCUGCAAAGAUUUCUAGCUCAGGCCUCAAAUUUUAGCAACUCUGUUGGAGGAAGCUACUUAGAACUUGCCAACACUCUUCAUUUAGCAGCCCUGGCUUCAUUAAAGGGAGACAUUGUGGAGCUUAAUAAGCGUCUACAACAAACAGAAAAGGAGCGUGACCUAUUGGAAAAGAAAUUGGCAAAAGCACAGUGUGAGCAGUCCCACCUGAUGAGAGAGCACGAGGAUGUGCAGGAGCGAACGACGCUGCGCUACGAGGAGCGGAUCACAGAGCUGCACAGCAUCAUUGCUGAGCUCAACAAGAAAAUCGAUCGGCUGCAGGGAGCAACCAUAAGGGAGGAGGAUGAGUACUCAGAGCUGCGGUCAGAGCUGAGCCAAAGCCAGCAGGAGGUUAAUGAAGACUCACGCAGCAUGGACCAGAACUCUGUCUCAGUGCCAGAGAACCAGUCCACCAUGGUCACUGCAGAUGUGGAUAACUGUAGUGACUUGAAUUCAGAACUGCAGAGAGUGCUGACAGGUCUGGAAAAUGUUGUCUGUGGGAGGAAGAAAAGCAGCUGCAGUUUAUCGGUGGCAGAAGUGGACAGGCACAUUGAACAACUCACUACUGCCAGUGAACAUUGUGAUUUAGCUAUUAAGACUGUGGAGGAGAUUGAGGGAGUGCUGGGACGUGACCUUUAUCCAAACCUUUCUGAGGAGAGGUCUCGGUGGGAGAAGGAGCUGGCUGGCCUGCGGGAAGAGAAUGAGAGCCUCACAGCCAUGUUGUGCAGCAAAGAGGAGGAGCUCAACAGGACCAAGGCCACCAUGAACGCUGUCCGUGAGGAGAGAGACAGGCUGCGUAGAAGGGUUCGGGAGCUGCAGACUCGUUUGCAGAGUGUGCAAGCCACGGGCCCGUCCAGCCCGAGCCGCCUGACUCCUGCCAACCGCCCCGUCAACCCCAGCACAGGAGAGCUGAGCACCAGCAGCAGCAGCAACGACAUUCCCAUCGCCAAGAUUGCUGAAAGAGUGAAGUUGUCAAAGACAAGAUCAGAGUCUUCAUCAUCUGAUAGACCUGUCUUAGGAUCAGAAAUCAGCAGCAUAGGGGUCUCUAGUUCUGUGGCUGAACAUUUGGCACAUUCCCUCCAAGACUGCUCAAACAUCCAGGAAAUCUUCCAGACUCUCUAUUCACAUGGAUCUGCUAUCUCUGAAAGCAAAAUCCGAGAGUUUGAAGUGGAAACGGAGAGAUUAAAUAGCCGUAUUGAGCACCUGAAAUCCCAGAAUGAUUUGCUGACAAUAACACUGGAGGAGUGCAAGAGCAAUGCAGAGAGGAUGAGCAUGCUUGUGGGCAAGUACGAGUCUAAUGCCACAGCCCUCCGGCUGGCACUGCAGUACAGUGAACAGUGCAUAGAAGCAUAUGAGCUACUGUUGGCAUUGGCAGAAAGUGAGCAGAGUCUCAUUCUUGGACAAUUCAGAGCUGCAGGUGUUGGUUCUGUUGGGGACCAGACAGGUGAUGAAAAUGUCACACAGAUGCUUAAGAGGGCUCAUGACUGCAGGAAGACAGCUGAGAAUGCAGCAAAAGCCUUGCUGAUGAAGCUGGAUGGGAGCUGUGGGGGAGCCUAUGCAGUCACAGGCUGUAGUGUGCAGCCCUGGGAAAGCCUGUCCUCCAACAGCCACACCAGUACUACCAGCUCAACAGCAAGCAGUUGUGACACAGAGUUUACAAAGGAAGAUGAGCAGCGGCUGAAGGAUUAUAUCCAGCAGCUGAAAAAUGACAGGGCAGCAGUGAAACUGACAAUGCUGGAGCUGGAAAGCAUCCACAUUGAUCCCCUUAGUUAUGAUGUUAAGCCACGUGGAGACAACCAGAGACUGGACCUGGAAAAUGCAGUCUUGAUGCAGGAACUCAUGGCAAUGAAGGAAGAGAUGGCAGAGCUCAAGGCACAGCUUUACCUGCUGGAGAAGGAGAAGAAGGCUUUGGAAUUGAAGCUGAGCACUCGAGAGGCUCAGGAGCAGGCCUACCUUGUCCAUAUUGAGCACUUGAAGUCUGAAGUGGAAGAGCAAAAAGAGCAGAGAAUGAGAUCUCUCAGCUCAACCAGCAGCGGAAGCAGAGACAAACUGGGCAAGGAAUGUAGUGAUGGCACCGCAACACCACUAACCCUUGCUGAGCUGAGACCAUACAAUGAGAGUGAACUGACUGCUGAGCUGACAAAUGCACUCAGGAGGGAGAAGAAACUGAAAGCAAGAGUGCAGGAGUUAGUGAGUGCUUUGGAGAGACUCACGAAGAGCAGUGAAAUCAGACAUCAGCAGUCUGCAGAAUUUGUUAAUGACCUUAAAAGGGCAAACAGCAACUUGGUAGCAGCUUAUGAAAAAGCAAAGAAAAAGCAUCAAAAUAAGCUGAAGAAACUGGAGUCACAAAUGAUGGCCAUGGUGGAGAGACAUGAAACCCAAGUAAGAAUGCUCAAACAAAGAAUAGCUUUACUGGAAGAAGAGAACUCCAGACCACACACCAAUGAAACUUCACUUUAAGUGCAUCUCUUUAAAGGAUACUUAGUGCCAUUACAACUUUCUUUCUUUUGGAGGUUGACUUUUAGGUAGCUUCAAAUGUUAAAAGCGCUCUGAUUGUCAAUGCUGACAAAACUUAAAAGCUCCUUCUCUGGGAUCCCAGAGAGGUAUCAUGGGGAUAAUAAAAGUGUUAACCUUAAGGACUGUUUCAUAAUGUAAAAAUGGCAGUGCCUGAAUUAUCAUGCUAUAAUUGUGUACAUUGUCUGUGUUGUUAUGUCUGUAUUCAUACAGCUUCUCUUCCCCUGUCACCCAUGGGUGACAGUGUCACACAGCAGAAUAAUUCAUGUUACGAGGUUUUCAUUUGGGUAGUUUGGAGAUGGUGUGAAGUUUUCCCAGUCCCUGAGCUGUCUGCACACAAGUCCACAUUGUACCCUCAUGACUCGCUGCUGUGGUUACACCACAAACAGGCAGCUGCAGAGUGGGGGUGACAGCCUGGCUGGCUUUUUCUUUGCGCCCUGCUUGCAAUUCUGCUGCUCACAGUGCAGGUCAGGUAGGAAAGCUCCUGUUGAUUUGGGAAAAAAAAAAGCAAGCAUAGUUGCAUCUCUGAGAACUAUGAUAAAAGUGUAAUUCUUACAGUGCAUACAAGGGCCAAAGGCUGUGGGUUUCACCAUGCCACACAGACACUCUGUGCCAAGGGUGGGUAAGAAAUUACAGAAGACCUCCUGGUAUUUAUAUUGCAUGGUGUUUGCAACUACUUUGUAGAAGUUUUUUCUUGCUAUAUACACUAUAUCCAAGGUUUUCUUUAAGAAGCUGGGCCAUUUCUGUCAUGUGUAUUGUGCUUAUUACAGCUUAAUGUGAUCAAGAGGUAGAAUGUCUUCUUUUUAUCCUUUCUUUUGACCAAAAAAGGUACUUAAAUAAUGUACCUGUUUAAUAUUGAAUACAUAGGCACAAAAUUAUAGAUGUGUAGAUGUAUGGAUAUCCAGCCACAAACAGAAUGUGAAUGGUGAAGUCUUACAGCUUUCUUAGGUUAGUUUUUGUUACUGCUAACGUUCUCUCAUUCUGUUGUUUAAAUCAUGUAUUACUGUAUUAUCAAACUGACUGAAGUGCAAAUUUUGGCGUGUUAGGUAAAAGAACAUUAAGCAAAUCAUGGGGAUCAGGUUGAUUUCUGUAGGGGUCAAAAUACAGGAGUCUGCCAUAGCACCUGUUAUAUUCAGAAUUUGCUUUUUUUUUUUUUUUUUUUUUUUAAGAGUACGUAAAAAAGCUUUAUGUGUGUUUUAAAAAGCCAAGCUAUAGUCCCUUCACUGUGUUAGCCUGCUGCUGUGUUAUGCCUCUGCUUUGCAUUUUCCAGGCUGAUUUUCAGUGAAUCUGAUUUCAGGAGAUGUUUAUCGUUUUUGCUUUACAUGUUGAGUUGCACCUCAAGUUUUUUACUAGUGUAUUUAGAAUUAUGAUAACUUUUCUCAUCUAUUUCUCCCAUUACUAGUACUAAGGAAAUAUUUGAGAGAACUCUGCAUACUGUUGGGUUAGGCCAGACAACAUAGUUGCAGGAAUUUGUGUUCAGAAUGUGGCAUUAUUGUUAAGUCUUGGUUACAUCUGGAAGUGCAGCAGUUGGUUUUCCAUCUCUUACUGCUGUAGCUGCUGUUGUCCUCAGUCAUUAGAGUAGUUAUUCCUAUUUCUCUGGAGUCUAGUACAUCAUCCACAAAGCCAGCAUCGCAUGUGGUUGAUUGCAACAGCAAAUUAAAACAAUGCUGAUUUCAAAAUUUUUAGGUAGUGAUGUUCUGGUUUUGAUCAGUCGUCUUUCUCAGAAUAAUUGCACUUCUUAAUUUAUAAUAUAACUAGAAAUUAUUGCAAAUUAGUCUCUUGAGGGAGGAGGCACAUUGAUUUUUUCUGUCUCUGUGGUUCUGCUUAGCAGCUCUCUAUGGUGUUUCCCCUUUUUAGGCCCAAUUUUCUCACUUCCAGGAGGGUGGGGGUCUGCCAUCAGCUUCAGCAGCUGAGCACACUUGUUCUGAAGAACCACAAAGGAAAGUAUCCAUCAUAUGCUGUGGCAAAAAUGUAGUUAUACUUUUGUCUUCCAGCAUCUGAAACACCCGUGUGACUUGAGGUCACCUCAGAAUGUCCAUGUGAAAUACUUUUCACUGGAGAGGACAGGAACCAUACUGCACUGAGCUGCCUCUUAGGCUCAUUUUCCCCCCUGUUUAGAUUAAUGGAAUUACAGAAUGGUUUGGGUUGGAAGGGACCCUAAAAAUCAUCUUGUUAUAAUCACUUUCUGUGGGCAGGGACAUCUUCCACUCUUGGUUGCUCCAAGGCCCAUCCAACCUGGCCCUGGACAUUCCAGGGAUGGGGCAGCCACAACUCCUCUGCACAACCUGGGCCAGUGCUUCAGUGCCCUCACAUAGAAGAGUUUCUUCCGUAAGAAAUUCAGAUACUCUUACACAGAAGCUGCAGCCUCAGUGUUUUUUCCAGGCCUGACAAUUUGCUGAUUAUUUCACUACAUUUAGCCCAAAUCAUCUGUGCCAGCUGUGCUCUAGAAGUGCAUUAGAAUUAUAAAUCAUCAGUAAAUGUAAACCAGUUCUAUUUGUCCCCAUAAGGGUUGUAGACUAAAAAGCAGCACUGGUACCAUCUAGCCUCAGCAGUAGCCAGAGUUUGCCAGACCACCAGUUGAUUUAUUUGCCUCAGCAAGCAGCUACUGCAUCAUUUGUUAGAAUACUGGAAAGGAUCAGCUGGGAAUGGUCACAGGCUUAAUGUUACUGUGAAAACUGUUCAUUAGUGAUAAUCAGCUUCAGCUCCAGUGUACCCCAUUCAAAUGGCACCAACCCUCAGAAAAAAUGCCAAAAAAACCUCAAACUCCUUUUAUGCAACUCUGAAGUACCAGCACAGAAAUACCUGAGUGUGUAGUGCACAGAGUUACAGCAACUUAACUCAAAGCUUGUUGCAGAAAUAAUAAAUUUGCAGAGCAAGAAAAAAAGGUGAUUCCUGCCAACCUAAGUCCAUUCAUUAAUUAAUGACUGGACUUUUUUGAUUUUCUUAAGUCACCAGAGUGCAUGAAACUUUUGUAUUUCACUGAGUGCUUAGAAAAAAAUAAUUUUUUUUCUAAUUCUAUGUAUAAAUCUUCACCAGUUUGAAUGUACUGUUAGCUUUUGCAAAGCACAUGUGACUAAGUUUGCAUUCAUGUCAUGUUCUACUGGUUUUGUUAGUUUUCUUCUCCUCCAGUAUACUGCACCAUGAAUUGUAACUUUAGAAACUUUUCACCUUACUGAGUUUGCUUGAAAUGUGUUGCUACCUUUUCGUUUCCAAGCAGCUGUAAAAUAGCUAUUUUGUGUUCAUUUGAUAGAGAAUUGUAAAAACUGCAUUUAUUUAUACAGAGGCAUUUAUAAUACUUAUUUUACAAAUGUUCUUAUAUUCUGAAUAAAUUUCUAAUGCUGUU